AUGGCGUCCCGAUCCCCCACUGCCGCCAUCACUCCCCUGCCAAAGCUGUCCUCCGCGCCCGAGACCCCUGCCAGAGAGCCGACAGCCACCACUACCACCACAACACCGCAAGCCGUGCCUUUUCCACCUCCCCAGACCUUUGAUAUCAUCCCACCGUUGCACGGACUUCUCCUUCGGUUGCUUUCUCCCUCGAACAAUGCCACGGGUCCAGGAGCUGCUGGAGAUGCCACGGGCGCGGGAGGUCCUUCAGACGCUCAGUCUCAACAACAGCAACAGCAGACAGUGACGGGAAGCGGAAGCGGCCAACAUCCUGCAGUAGGACCUGCCUCCAUGGCCGCUGAAAUUGCUGCCCUUAGUUCCAACGCACCUCCUCCGCUUGACAUCAAGGACCUGCCCACGGAAGCCAGCUCCAUAAAGAUCCGGAUCCAAAAAGCACAAGCAGUGGUGGAAGGACUUCCGGAUGUGCAGCGUUCUGUUGCAGAGCAAGGCCAGGAGAUUGAUGAGCUCGAGGACCGUACUUCCAAGCUGCAAUCGGUCAUCUCUGACUUUGGGAGAAGAGCCGGCCAGUCGAGGUCUCAGCAAUCCAAGAUGCACCAUACUUGA